CGCAAUAUGGUUUGUUUUUAAUGUUUGUUUAAAACAUAACGAAUUUUCUUGCUGUGGUUGGUUGCCAUAGUGACAGCCUCUCAACUGCGCAGGCUGUUCGACAAAACUGGUAAAGUCCGGGGUGUGGAGAAAGUUUUUCUUUAAUAGAUUGUAUAGACUUGUUUCUGGCGCAGUGUUUUGCACUUUGAGUUUGUGCUUCAUUCAUGCUAGUGAUACCGUUGCCUCUGCACUGCAGUGGACUCCCAGUUCUGUGUGACUGAUCUGCAAAGCAAGUGCUGCCAUGGUACCCCUGCCCCCGCUGGAUGUCCUGCGGGUCUCCACUGUCCUGGAGGGCUGUGUGGACCAGCUCUCCAUCCUGGGAUACAUCAUGCCAGUCUCCUACGAGGGCCGGUCAGAUUCUCAAUCGGUACUAACUCCCAGCUGUGGUGUAUUGUACAGAACAGGAUGUGUGAAGUGUAAAGUUUUCUUUAUGCAAUAUUUUAAAAUAUCAGUAUUUUCAGUAUACACGUAAAUGUCGCCCAGACCUGGUCUAGUCCACAUUAAUGCUGUAAUGUGGCAUCAUAGAAAAGUGUUUAGGCGUUUUCCUGCAGUUUACUACCAUGGAUUCUGUAUGGUUGGUUUUGUUUUCCUAUCAGCUUGUUUGUGAUGACAUUGGGAGGAUCCUGAAGCACCAGAAGCUGCUGCAGUGGAAGUUCAAGGAGCUGAUGUCCUCCAAGUCGCAGUCUCUGGUCAGGAAGCCCGCCCCAGAGGGUGAGCAGCAAGGGGACACGGCGGGAGAUCUUAAGAGAGGGGAAGUACAUGAAGAAGAGCUGCGAGCUGCAGGUGACCCAGGGACAGAAGAUAUGCGGGAAGCACGAGCACAAGCACCUGGAGGACAUACAGCAAUUAAGAGAGAAAAUGGAUGAAGAGACCCGGAGCCACUUGGAAAUUGAAUACUUUCUGAAACAGCACCAGACUGAGCUGGAGGAGAAGCUGGAGUUCUGGAUGGAGAAGUACGACAAAGACAUCGAUGCCAAGCAGCAUGAGCUCACCAUACUCAAGACAGCCAAGGCCAACGACCUGGCUCACCUGCAAGAGCUCGCCAAUCAGGUGGGAUCAAGGUUCAGACCGUGAUAAUCGCUGCAGGGAAACUAAUGCAAGGUACCGCAGUGUUAGCAUGGGGGUUUUGCCAGGCCGUUUCGUAUUUGGGGUAACUUGGGUAGUCCUAAAAAUUGGUUCUGUAUUCCUGUACAUUCAGGUGGCUUGACCUUGCCUGUUCCAUCCCUUGUGCAGUAUCAAACCGUAUUCUUUCAUUGUAAUUGUGGAUAACAGAGUGUAGUAAUACAGUGCUGCUGCUGCUUUCUGCCUACUUCAGCACGGAUGACGUUGUGCACUUGAUAACCCUAGGUUUGUGUCUGCUUGGUACAUGGUGAAUGUUACAAAAGAAAUACAUAAUAAAAAACAGCAGCUAGAUCAGCUCCACUGCACUGCACGCAAUUACACCAAACUCUGGGAACACACUUCACUUUUAGAUUGGCUGGAGUAAAAAAGCCUACAUGUCUCUGCUUCCUCUCAGUACAGGGAGUGUGAACAGGUAGUGAUGAAGGACCGCAUGGAGAAGGAGAAUGAGAGGAAACGCAGGUGCCAGGAGGAGCUGGAGUACAAGUCCUGCACCAAGAUCCAGGCCUGGUAGAGAGGCAUCAUGGUGCACAAGUGCCUGGGCCCCUACAAGGCUGGCAACAAAGGGAAGAAGGGCAAGAGCAAGGGAGGUGGCAAGAAGAAGAAAA